AUGAAAAAGUUGUUCGGCUCGAACCAACAGAGCCCUCACAUAGGGAAAACAUUUCAGAUUAACCGGUACAAUGUCGUGGUUGAGGAUAUUAUAGCCGAAGGUGGUUUUGCCAUUGUGUUUCUGGUCCGACUUCCAAAUGGCAACCAUCUUGCUCUCAAGAGGAUGUAUGUCAACAAUGAGUCUGACCUGGCUGUUUGUCAGAAAGAAAUAAAAAUUAUGAAAGAUCUGAGUGGUCACAAAAACAUCAUACGCUACAUAGAUUCCAGCAUCACAGUCACCCAGAACCGAGUGUAUGAAGUUCUCAUACUUAUGCAGUACUGCAGAGGCUCUGUUAUACGAGUUAUGAACCAGCGUAUUGACUCUGGGUUCUCAGAGACAGAAAUCCUCAAAAUAUUUUGCGAUCUGUGUGAGGCUGUCUCUCGUCUGCAUCAUUGCCACACUCCAAUAAUUCAUCGUGAUUUAAAGCCAGAAAACAUUUUAAUAGGUGAGGGUGGAAAUUAUGUGCUUUGUGAUUUUGGAAGUUCAACUGCAAAAGUGAUGGAUCCUUCACAACAAAAAGUUGCUUCUGUUGAGGAAGAAAUUAAGAAAUACACAACACUGUCAUACAGAGCUCCAGAGAUGAUAGAUUUGUAUGGAGGGACACCAAUCACAACCAAAGCUGACAUAUGGGCAUUAGGUUGUCUGCUGUACAAACUCUGCUUCUUCACUCUUCCAUUUGGGGAAAGUACGCUGGCCAUACAGAGCUGCAACUAUACUGUACCGGACAUGUGCCGCUUCUCCAGGGGUAUCUUGUCUUUAAUUGCCUUUAUGUUAGAAAAAGACCCGAUUAAAAGACCAGAUAUUUUCCAAGUAUCACAUGUUGCCUUCAGUCUUGCCAGAAGGGCCAACCCUGUGCUAAAUUUGAAUUCUGUCCCAGUGCCUGUUGUUCAAAACUUACCAGUUCCUCUGACAGAAUCGGAAGCUAAACAGAUCAAGUCAGCUUCUCAGAAAAACACAAAUCCUCCAAGUGUGAACACUGCAACAAUUGCUCCCAGGGAAAGACCUCAUGGUCAGCCUGCUGUUGCAGCAUCCACCGCUCCUCUUGGGCUUCCUGUUCAGACCUCAAUUGCCCCAAGAAGACGACCGACCCCUAGCAACCCAAAUACUCCUGUUGAUGCUGGCCCUCAGACCGUGCCAUCACCUCCCCACCCAGGACAGAUGGGCCUGCCUACAGUUCCGUUGUUUUCACCAGACUCUCAGCAGACCCAGCAUCCAGCCAACUAUCCCAUUAUGAAUGUGGCUGGUACACCUGCCCAGUCUUUCUGUGCUCAGCCACAAACUACUUUUUCAUAUCAGGUACAACAGUUGGCCAUGUAUAAUAUAUUUCCCAGUUCUGCUGGUGGACAGCAGCCUCCAAGGGCUCACCAGGCUUUCAGCCACAAUGGUCAUAAUAGGCAUACAUCAGGAGACAGGAUGGUCACGAGCGCAUCAAACCACGAUGUGAAAACUGCAAACCUGAUAAGUCUGGCAGAUGAAAGUGUUCUAGAGGACAUGUCAAAAUCCUGCUCCUCACUAGCAUCUCUGAAUGACAUUGUGUUUAAACAGCCUUAUUUGCCAGUUGGAAACACAGUAGGAUCUAAUCAAACUUCAUCGUCAUUGGGACUGCUUCAUCCCCCUAAUGAUGGCAAGUUGCCUCGUCACAGGCGAAAUGUUAGCGAUACGUCCUUUCUGACAAUGGGAGGUCGAGGCAGUGCUUUCAGAGCUUACCAGGAACCUAGACUUGUAACAGUUGAUGACUCAAAGUGCAAGUCUGCUGCAUCUACCCCAGUCAAUUCUCCACCGCUGUUAGGGUCUCAGAAGGGUCCCCUGACAGCCAGCCUUGCUGAAUGGAAUCCUUUUGGUGACGACAAUUUUGGGGCUGUGACAGAUGAUAUGUUGUUUGGGAAAGAAUUUGAUAAAAUCAAACUUGCCUCAAAAACUAACACUGCCAGCGUUAACAAUCAUGGGAACUUUGUGAUUUCUCGGCCAGAAUCUUCAGAUCCAUUUAGCAGUGCUCCUUUCAGAAAACAA